AUGUCGAACAUGGGAGACUCAGUUAGAACUUACUCUGAAGAAGACUUUUUACAGUUUAUUUCAGAAGAAUGGGAGUCAUUUUUAUCUUACACAACUUUUCAGCUUGGACGGUUUGUUGAGAACGGCUUCCUAAAAACUUUGUUUGAUAAAAACCCACAGCAACCUGUGGAUAAAGCACAGCUUUUAGUAGAUAUGUUUGGAGAAUUAACGUUAUGGGGCAAAACUAUUAAGUUGUCAUUAAAACGGCAACACAAAUACCAGACUCUUAGAGUCAAAAUAGUUUUGAACUCAUUUAUCCUUCCCCAAUUUACCAAAUUCUGGACGACUGGCCUAGAAGGUAUACCUAUGAGAUGGUUCCCUGCAAGUUGGACUUUACGAGAAAGAAAACAACGUGAAAAGUUCCAAGCUGUCAUUCACGAUAUUCCGGAAGACAUGAUGAUGAACGAGUUAUGGAAACAGCAUAAAGAAGCUGAAAAAGCAUAUGACAGGGCAGUAGAUGAAUAUAAGAAAGCCACAAAGGUUUACUAUAAAUCAGUAUUACGGAUUAGGAAUGAGAACAUUGAAAAAUUUUUUGGAAAAUAUGAUAAAGCUUGUAAAAAAAGACAUACCAGGUUUGCAGAAAUGGUAGCAGUAGAACAAGCUAUUCUCCGUUGUAGCUUUGUAACAAGAGAAUCUGAUUCAGGAGAACCAUCACUAAGACGUUUACUAAGUCAGAUAGAAUACAACAUAGAUGAAUGGAUAAAGGAAGUAAUGUGGUAUUUAGAUAUAGCAUAUUUAAAAGCUUUAGAUUCCAAAUUUAGCAAUGAAAGUAAAUGUAAUGAGAUGCUAGAAGAUGGUAUAUGUAUACGCCCCUCACUUUAUCGCUAA